CUCAAUGUUUAUGUGACACAAUUGUCACAUAAAGUACACGCGUCCUAUGUACAACACAAAAAUAUAAACAAGCUGACCUGAGCUCCCUUUGAAAAAACACAACACACCAAGUGUUUAUAAAUCAAACACAAUCUCUUCAUCUGCAAUCCCAGUUCAUACUUACACAUACAUAUAUUUAAGAAACUUCUAGUAAAAGUAUUUCAGCUUCUACAAAAUUCUACAAUUGGCCUUGUAUGUAUACAGUAUAGACACAGAUAUAUUGGUUUAUAUGUGUGUGAAUUAGGGUUUACGAGUUGGAAAUUAGGAGUAAUUAGGGUUUUACGGUUUGGAUGUUAUUGGUGAAUGGCAUUGUUUCGUAGAUUAUUUUACAAGAAGCCACCUGAUGGACUUCUCGAGAUUUCUGAGCGAGUUUAUGUAUUUGAUUGUUGUUUCACAACCGAUACUUGGGAAGCAGAAGAAUAUAAAGAUUAUGUCGGGAAUGUUAUAGGUCAACUAAAAGAUUAUUACCCUGAUGCCUCGAUCUUGGUAUUUAAUUUCCAUGAGCAAGGGACACCGAGCCAAAUUGCUAAGGCUUUGUCUGAGUAUGACAUAACUAUUAUGGACUACCCCAAACAUUACGAAGGGUGUCCACUGCUCCCACUGGAGGUCGUCCACCAUUUCUUAAGAUCGGGUGAGAGUUGGCUAUCACUAGGGAAACAAAAUGUGCUCCUAAUGCACUGUGAACGGGGUGGCUGGCCUGUACUGGUUUUCAUGUUGGCUGCACUCUUAAUUUACAGUAAGCAAUAUUACGGGGAGCAGAAGACCUUGGACAUGGUGUACAAGCAGGCACCUCAGGAGCUUUUGCAGCUCCUCUCACCACUAAAUCCUAUACCUUCUCAGCUAAGGUAUUUGCAAUAUGUAUCAAGGAGAAAUUUAGGGACAGAAUGGCCUCCACUGGACAGGGGACUCACAUUGGAUUGCAUCAUUAUCAGAAUGAUUCCUAAUUUUGACAGGGGAGGAGGUUGCCGCCCAAUAUUUCAUAUAUAUGGACAAGAUCCUUUGGUUCCAUCUGACCGCAAUCCUAAACUUUUAUUCUCAACACCAAAGAGGAGCAAGGCUGUUCGGCACUACAAGCAGGCAGAAUGUGAAUUGGUCAAGAUUGAUAUCCAUUGCCAUGUUCAAGGCGAUGUUGUGCUGGAGUGUAUUAACUUACAUGAUGACAUGGAACGAGAAGAGAUGAUAUUACGUGUCAUGUUCAACACAUCUUUUAUUAGGUCAAACAUUUUAAUGCUUAAUCGGAAUGACGUAGAUAUGAUGUGGAAUGCUAAGGACCAAUUCUCAAAGGACUUCAGAGCAGAGGUUCUUUUCUCAGAGAUGGAUGCUUCUGCGUCUGUAGUCCCUGUAGAUUUGUCUUGUUUUGAAGAAAAAGAUGGUCUCCCAGUGGAGGCAUUUGCAAAAGUUCAAGAGAUCUUCAAUAGUGUUGACUGGUUGGUUCCAAAGAAAGAUGCUACAUUGGAUGCAAUCCAGCAUACAACCAGUUCAGCUAAUAAUUCCCAGAGGAAGGCAGAUGUUGACACUCAUAAAGCUGAAAAUCACGGCAACCGUUUGCCUCAGUUAAGUCCUAAAAUGCAUCACGAUAAGCAACCUAGUCUUAAAUCACGAGGAGAUGGGAAACAGUCUGAGGCCUCACAUAGACCGACUCAAGUCAAAGAUAUAAAUGAAGAUACAGAUCAUGGACUUGAAAAUGCUCCAUCAGCUGUUUCUUCUCCCAGGCAACCUCUGGGGGAGGACUUUGUUUGUAAAACUAAAUCCUCUUCAACGGCACCGCCUCAAUCAACACUAACUGUGAAGGAUCCAGCUAUAGACAUUGGACAGUCUUCAGCUUCUGCUCCUUCUUCAACACUACAUCCUCAGACCCCUCCUUUAAGAGACAAUACACUUAAAAGUGUAAAAUAUGCACAUCCUCCCCCAUCAGACUCAGAAAUUGUUCAACCUUUGAAGGAAAAUAUAGAUAUUAAAACUGGUCCAACUCCAGCGUCAACUCCCUCAAUAAAAUAUAUGCCACCUCCCACCCCGUCCCCACUUCAUCCACAAACUCAAUCUCCUCAUCCAGUCCCUUUGAAAAAUGAUAAGGGUGAAUUUGGGCCUCCCCCUCCCCCUCCCCCUCCGGUACCUGCUUUAAAGAAAGAUCAAACCAUAAAUUCGUCUGUGGCUCCACCACCACCACCUCCUCCUACUCCCCCAUUGAAAGAAGAAUUGUCUUUGAAGGGAAGACCUCGACCUCCACCACCUCCGUCUCCACCUCUUUAUCAUGCACAAGUUGCACAGUCUGUGAAUUCGACAUUGGUUCCCCCACCCCCACCUCCUCCUAGUACCGGUUCUUCAUUCCAUGCUGUAAAUCAACAAGUCCCUCCUCCUCCCCCUAUAAAUCAACAAGCUCCUUCUCUGCCUCCAGGCCCACGACCACUGGUAGCUGCAAAUCCUCAAGCUCCAUCACCUCCUCCUCCGCCGGGGGCUGCAAACCCAGGAACUUCUUCUCCACCGCCCCCUUCUAUACCCCCAUCUCUGGGAAGAGGACGUGGUUUAUCUCGUCCAAUGAAUAUAAGGAACAAUCAGACAAAGAAAUUGAAGCCGUUGCAUUGGUUAAAGCUAACAAGAGCGGUUCAAGGAAGUUUAUGGGCUGAGACACAAAGAUCUGGUGAUGCUACCAAGGGUCCGGAGAUUGAUAUAUCAGAAUUGGAGACUCUGUUCUCUGCAGCAGCUCCCAGUUCAGGUAAAGGUGGUCCAGGGGGUAAAACAAAUUCACGUGUGCCAGUAAACAAGCCUGAAAAAGUGCAGCUGAUUGGCCAUAGACGCGCCUAUAAUUGUGAAAUAAUGCUUUCAAAAGUGAAGAUACCAUUAAACGAGUUGAUGAAAUCAGUGCUAGCAUUUGAUGAUUCGGCACUGGAUGCAGAUCAGGUUGAUAACCUCAUAAAAUUUUGUCCCACCAAAGAGGAGAUAGAAUUGCUUAAGAACUAUAACGGCGAAAAAGAUCGGUUAGGAAAGUGCGAACAGUUCUUCUUCGAAUUAAUGCAAGUACCACGUGCUGAAUCUAAGCUCAGAGUUUUCUCAUUUAAGUUGCAGUUUGAAUCCCAGGUUUUUGACCUGCGGAACAGCUUGGACGUUAUAAAUUCAGCUACAGAACAGAUCAGGAGUUCUUGCAAGUUGAAAAAGGUUAUGCAGACAAUUCUUUCACUUGGAAAUGCUUUGAACCAGGGAACUGCAAGGGGCUCUGCUGUUGGGUUCAGAUUGGAUAGCCUCCUUAAGUUGACUGAAACGCGUGCUCGCAACAACAAGAUGACUCUUAUGCAUUAUCUGUGCAAGGUGCUUGCUGAGAAAUUGCCAGAACUUCUUGAUUUUUCAGAAGAUCUUGGAAGCUUGGAAUCGUCAACAAAGAUACAACUAAAAUAUUUGGCUGAGGAGAUGCAAGCUAUCAGCAAAGGGUUGGAGAAGGUGGUUCAGGAAUUGUCUUUGUCUGAAAGUGAUGGACCCGUGUCAGAAAACUUUCUGAAGGAUUUAAAGGACUUCCUUUGUUUUGCUGAAGGUGAAGUUAGGUCCUUAGCCUCACUUUAUUCUGUGGUGGGAAGAAACGUAGAUGCAUUGAUUCUUUACUUUGGAGAAGAUCCAGCUCGUUGUACAUUUGAGCAAGUUGUCUCAACUCUACUUAACUUUGUGAGGAUGUUCAAUAAAGCCCAUGAGGAAAACUGCAAGCAACAGGAGCUUGACAAGAAAAAAGCAGAGAAGGAAGCAUCCAGUGAAUUAACAAAGUUGAAUGCUUCAUAUAAGGAACCUGAAAUCCAUGUUGUCAGAUAAAAUUUCUGUCACAAUUUGACUUCAGAAAGUCACUUUCCUGUGAUAAGAAACUUAAUCUAUUGCUGGGUGGAGGAAAUUACCUUCUAUGUUGGUGAAAACAGAGGACCUGGAUGGAGUUGAGCAAAGAGGAGUGAAAAUAUUUUGAUGACAAAUGAAACAGAAAGUGUAAAUGUGGAUAUAGAAGUCUGAAGUCGACUAUGUUAACAUGAUGUGGUAGAUUUUUGAUCGAUGAUUGUCGAAAAGGUACUCUCCACUAUCUGCUUUCUGGUGUAAUGUGUGCUUUUAAAGUUUAUGUUUCAGGAUAUUGAGUGUUUCUUUUUAUCCUGUUAAAUGUGAGAACUAGCUAGUCUGAUCUGUUUACUGUAGUAGAUAUGAGGACUUGUCACAGUCUGGUUAGAAAGGCAACUUGUAGAUAUUACUGAUAAGUGUUUCCGUAGGAAAAAUAUAGUGAUACAGAUCUUCUAGAUAUCAAUAUACAACUUUUCCAGA